ACGAUCAUCACCUAUAUCAGUAACAUGUUUGACGGAAAAGUUGUACUCAUUACUGGCGCCAGUUCAGGCAUUGGAGUCGAAACGGCAUUGGACUUUUCAAAACUAGGAGCAAGUCUAAUUAUAACUGGAAGGAACAAAACAAAUUUAGAGGAAGUUGCUAAACAGUGCGAGGAAUUGUCACCAAAAAAACUUAAACCCUUAACAAUUAUUUGUGAUCUAAAUAAGGAAAGCGAAGUUGAAAAACUAUUUGAGGAAAGUUUCAAGCGCUUCGAUCGGCUUGAUGUCCUCGUUAACAAUGCUGGUAUUUUUGGCACGGGAUCAAUAGAAAAUACUUCAUUAGAACAAUUUGAUAGCAUCAUGACGACUAAUAUGCGAACACCUUAUUAUUUAACAAUGCUAGCUGUUCCCUAUCUCAUUAAAAGUAAAGGCAACAUAGUAAAUGUAUCAAGUGUGACUGGUUUACGAUCAUUUCCAGAUAUUCUUGCGUAUUGUGUGUCAAAAGCUGCUUUAGAUCAAUUCACAAAAUGUGUGGCAUUAGAAUUGGGCCCGAAAGGAGUUCGUGUUAAUUCCGUCAACCCUGGAGUGAUUGUUACUGGAAUUCAUAUGCGAGGAGGUAUGAGUGAACAAGAAUAUGAGGCUUUUUUGAAAAAAUGCUCUGAAACGCAUGUUUUAGGUAGAGCGGGAGAAGCAAAAGAGGUGUCUUCAGUAAUUACAUUCUUGGCAAGUGAUGCAGCCAGUAACAUGACAGGAGCGACUUUGCCUGUAGACGGCGGCCGUCAUGUCAUGUGCCCACGUUAA